UUUUAAACGCAGCAAGCCCAAGAAUUAGGAUUGACGGAAGGUACAGUUCCUGAUUUAGUUUAAGAGACUAAGCAGGUUGCAGGAGGAUUCCUCUUCACCUCAACCCAAAGCCACCCAUCCGUCAGACCCCCGCCGUUGCCCAGCCCGGACACCUCAGGCCUCUCGUUAUUGAGCAGACCACCAGGUGCUUCUCGGCAAAGGCUGGGCUGCUGAAAGGAGAAGGCCAACGCCGCAUAGGCCGCAGGAUGAGCACUCACUAGAGGGCGGGCUGUAGGCGGCCGGAUGCGGGGCGGUCAGGUGUCAGCGGCGUUGCCGAGGUUGCCGCACUCGGGCUCCGAUGCCGCGCUGGUUACAAGGAUGCUCCAACUGUUCAGCGUGCUGAUCGCCGCCGGCCUCUUCCUGGCCUGCCUCACGGCUUAUGUGCUGGAUAACUACACGGUGCAGCAACGGAGUUACGGCGGUGCCGGUGGGCACCCGCGGGGAGCGCAGCCUCCCUACCCGGGCGGGAGCAUGGACAACGUCUUCUGGUUCCUGCAGGUGUCUGACAUCCACAUCAGUAGGUUUGUAGAUCCCCAAAGAGCCCCUGACUUUCAGAAGUUUUGCACAGAGACCAUUGAUGUUAUUAAGCCAGAAAUCGUUUUUGUCACAGGGGAUCUAACGGACGCCAAAGAAAGGAAUAGGAUUGGAUCUCGUCAAUAUGAGAUUGAGUGGCAAACCUAUCAGACAAUCCUGAAGAAAUCCAGAGUUUUGGAAAAGACCAAGUGGAUUGAUAUCAAAGGAAAUCAUGAUACUUUCAAUAUUCCAUCACUUGAGAGUGUCAAUAACUACUACAGGAAAUACUCCGCUUUUAAAAGGGAAGGUUCCUUCCAUUAUGUACAUCAGACUCGUUUUGGAAAUUACUCCUUCAUCAGCGUUGAUGCCACCCCAAGUCCCGGUCCUAAAAGACCAUUCAAUUUCUUUGGGUUCUUGAAUCAGACCAAGAUGGAUGAAUUAUUAAAGCUGGCAUCUGAAACUGUCUACAGUAAUCAAACCAUUUGGUUAAGCCAUUAUACCACUUCCACCAUUAUCUCUGCCUCACCUGGAAUACGGCACAUCAUGGGUUCUGCUGUUGCCUACCUUUGUGGACACCUGCAUACAUUAGGUGGCUUCAUGCCUGUUCUGCACAGCAGGCAUGAAUACGGGACACUGGAACUGGAGCUGGCUGACUGGAUGGAAAACAGGAGGUACCGUAUAAUGGUUUUUGACCAUGAUCUGUUUAGCUUUGUGGAUCUGAAGUUUGAUAAGUGGCCAGUAAUUGUCAUCACAAAUCCAAAAUCUGCUCUAUAUAGUAGCCCUGGACAUGAGCCACUGGGAAAAAUAAAGGCGUCUACACACAUCAGGGUCCUAGCUUUCUCCACGGCAAAAGUUACCUCGGUACAAGUCAAAAUUGAUGGUAUCAUACUGGGCAGUGCAGUCCAAAUCAAAGGUCCACUCCAUACGCUUCUUUGGCGGCCGAUGGAUUAUGGUGCAGGAGUACACUACAUUGAAGUCCAUGCACGGGACAAAGCUGGAAGAACCACAAUUGCAGGCCAUAAGUUUACAAUGGAAGACAUCAAACUGCUCCCUUUCGGCGUGAUGGCUUCAUUCAUCAUCCAGGCUCCUCAUCACAUCACACUGAAAGUUAUCUUUAUUUUGGUCCUUCUGAUUAAUCUCUUUGUAAUCAUCGCCUUCCGCUACUUGGCAAAGCCACGGUUUAAAGAUACCCCUGGUUUCUUUGCUCUGGUGAAUUUUUCAUUUCAUGUGUUCUCAAAGACCAAUAUACUCUAUUAUCCCGUCUUACUAUUCACGUGUUAUGUAGCAGUGGGGCCCUGGUUUAUUGGUGAGAUUAUUGAUGACCAUUUUGGAGCUUGCUUUGUCUUUGGUAUCAUUGUUGAUGGUCACUUCUUGGAGGGGAGCCUGACUUUUUUCUGUGGAAUCCUUCAGCUGACAUUUUUUAACAUUCCGCUGAUUUGCUACCUGUGCUGGUGCCUGCUUCUACGUUGCCGAGGGGCUUACUUCCGGUCCCACCUAAAAUACACCGGAUGGGUCCGUUCCGGUCUCAUGCACAUCAGUCUGGUGGGGUUUCUUGCAUGGCAAGCCUACUCCUGCUACUUCCUGCAGAAAACCUAUGGGAUUGUUGCCUUCUUCCUGUCUCCAGUGAGGACGUGGUCAUUGGCUUUGGCCCUGGCCCUUGUCUACAAGGCCUGGAAUUUCAACAAUUCUACCAUCAGAACGUUUAAAGCUGAAAUGAAGAACUGUCUUUAGUCUUGAUGGCUUUCAGAGGAUAUGGAGACAAAUUGUGGACUCCAGUCACUUCACAACUACCAGUCAUUUGUUUUAACCUUUCAUGAACACUGAAUUCACAUGGGUUACAGAACAUAAAUACAAAACUUUCUGCUCCCUUAACCACCAUUUUUCAAACCAAAAAGUUCCAACACAAUUCAUUAAAGGAAUCAAACUCAAAAUACACUAAAAUCCAAUGGAAAUUAUAUUUGAGAGACUGAUGGGAGCAACUAACAUUUUGGUUACAGUGCCCCUGCUGGGUGGAAGACAACUUGUUUGUUUCCAUUCCACGAUGUUCUUGCACUACGGAACAGACUGAUUCCAAUAAAGCAGCUGUUACCAGCUUUGAUUCCUACAGCAAUUUUCAAGAACAAUCAGUGACAUAAAGUGCAUGUGGUUCUUUGAGUGUGGAGUGUUGAACAAAAUGUUAAAUAUUUUUCAAAAAAUAAUUGUAAUGCGUUACACUGUAAUUCCCGUGAAUAAUUUAAGAAAUGUAGUUUCGUGAUACAAAAGCAGAAUAUUUUGGAUGCUGGAAAUCUGAAAUAAUGUGAAAUGGAAUGCACAAUAGACCAGAAAGCAUUGACUUGAAAUGCUAAUCCUAUUUUUGUCUGACGUUGCUGAGGUGCCCUCUUUAGGUGAGAUAUUAACCUGAGAAUGUGCUGACCCUCGGGUGGGCAAAAAGAUCUCAUUUCAAGUAGUAAAACAUUUUCAGUUUCCUGGUUAAUAUUUAUCCACUGAACAACUUUAAAGUAAUUAUCUGGUGGUUAUGAAAUUAGCAAUUGGAAGAUCUUGCUAAUCCUAAAUCGGUUGCCUUACUUACACAACAUCUACAAGUAUUCUUUAAAACUAUUUCAAUGGCUCUGAGGUCCAUAAUAAUACUAUUUGCACCUGCUCUGUUUCCAACCUACUGAAUUUUGAAUGUGAAUGUGUGUCCUUAAGGCUUUAUCUAAACUGUGAUUAU